GUCACGACUUAUUACUAAGGUUUAUUUCAAGUCUUGUUGUCGAAUGUAGACCAUAAACCGUAUAGCGUUCAUUCUGAAACUGUCCGAGUUGAAGUCAUGUCCGCAACAGGGGUCAAGGCCGGAGGGUGUUCUGUCAUUGUUAAGAUUUCCAUAGUAACAGUUUCCGUGGUAACCGUUGGCGUCAUCGUCGCAAUAGCAGUUCCACUGGCUCUUCGGAACAACGAAGCCGUCGCACAAACAGCUGAAACCAAUGUGACAACAACCCCGCCUCUAAGAGUCGACGUUACCGGAACAACCACAGAUCCGCAAGUAACCACUACUGGCAAUACGAAGGGCGAUAACUCUAGCGGCACGACAGCAGAUACCGCUAAUUAUUCCGGAACAACAACCGUUGAGGUUACAGGAGAAACAACCGCUGAGGGAAACGAUUUGCAAACAACAAAUGGAGACAACUCUACAACAAAUGAUCCAACAAAUGUUGAUAGCACCGAUACCAUAUCAGAUGCUCCAACAACUGAAGGCGGUUAUAGUGAAAGUACGACGAAGGGAGAUAUUUCCCAAACAGCUACCACCAAUGACUUUACCGAGAACCUCACCAGCACAACGCCAGCUGUAACAACCACAACUACGCCGCUACCGACCACAACCCCGUAUUUUGAAUGUACCAAUGGUUUCAACAGGACCGUCAUUCUGAUGAAAGCCAACGUCGACGCCAACGACUACCUUUUCUUCCGCGGAGGGCUCUCGGGAAGCGUCGUUAACGCUCAUACAAGCUUCACAGGCCGAUGUCUCAGCGUGGUCGGAAACACCAACCCGUGUAGCGUCUCCAUUCAACACAGAACCUUUGUCUCAUCCGGUGGCUUUAACGCAUAUAACGCAUGGGCAGUGGGUGAUAACUACCUCGACUGGUACGGGUUCGAAUCCACACAGGGCGAGUACAAACAAGCUCCGAAAGCUGUGGCGGAAGGGUCCCCGGCUGUUCUCACAACCAGUGACGACACGAAGCCUAACUACCUCUCUUACAACACGUUCGGCGAAGGCUACUGGGCCAUGGAUGUGUGUAUGGACUGUACUGGUACUAUCCAGGGUUGGUUUGAGGUAAUAGGCUACACCAACGCAACACUUCUGGAGAGUCGGACUUUCACCAUAGCCCAACCCACAACCUGUAGUGGCACAGCGGCCGAAGCGACCGACGUAAGGCCAUUCAGCAGCGUGUACCACGUAGGCCACUGCGGGCGGGUCAACGUGUUUGAAUUUGGAAACAACAACUGUACUAUCAACCAAUUCAACCCUCCCGACUCCAACAACAACGCCAACCAAUCACAAGCUACACCAUCAACAUCGACUACGCCAAGCUCGACUACGCCGGUAUGCCCGUCCGGUAUGAGUAGGACUGUCGUGUUGAUCCAGUACAACUCUACAGACCCGGAAGUGUUCAUAUCGGGAGGGGUUCCCGCCAACUACACUACAGCUGUACCUUCUACAAUCGAGAUAAGCCACCGCGAGUUAGGUACUGGACGCUACUUCGACGCCUACAACGCCUGGGCUGUAGGCGACGACUUCCUCGACUACGAUGGAGGGGAAGUUGGCCAGGGCCAGUACAACAACGUCUCGGCGGCUGGGUCGCCGACGGUGAGGACAAGUAAAGACAUCGCCAGCCCGCAAUACUACCUCUACAACACCCUCGGUGACGACGUGUACUCCAUGGAGGUGUGCAUGAACUGCAGCCAGACCUACAACGGCUGGUUCGAGGUGUACCUGACCUGGGUGGGCGGACGUGAGCCCCAGUUGAACCAGGACGGCUUGUGUUCCGGCAACGCUGACGUCAACGAAAGAACCAGGAACAUCACUGGGACGUUCCACAUUGCCUUUUGUGGGAAACUGAAUGAAUUUUACACCAAUAGCUCUGCCUGCUCUAUCAGUAACUUCUAAAUGUGGAAUACGCAUUCUUACAUCCGUCCGGAUAAACAAUUUUUCGGAAUUAAGAAUUUUCGGAUGAAGAAAUUAUAAAGACGUUGUGCUUUUUAUGACUUUUCACAGCGAAACAAUUUGCUCAGUUAACUCAAUUUUUUGUGGAUAUACCUCUAUGUAAUCAUGUUAUGUCCACAACAACAAAAUUCACUAUUACGCAAUUCCUACUAUGUGAGGCUCAGAAUAUCAGUCAACCCUCGUACAUGGCAUAUGUAUAUUAUAUAUUUUAAUUACGGGCACGUGUCUUUCGCGUCAACACUGACACACCAGUCAGUGGGUUAUCGUCAUAGUAACGGCACAUUUGUCUGUCAUCAAUUGUCUCAAUACAUCUUCCCUCUUCAGCGGAUGAGUGAGUAUGGUUUUACGGCGCAUCAAGCAAUAUUCCAGCAUUGAAUGUUUGUUGUUUUAACG